AUGUCAGAGACUACGACUACAUUGGGUCAACCUCAAUUGGAUCGCCUUGUUUUGAUCAGUUUGAGGAAGAAGUUCCACCCUUUGACAUUUGGUAAACUUUACAGGGAAUACAAAUUUAAAACACUUUCAGGCUCAAAUGAUGCUAAAAUUGACUUAUUGCCUCUUUUCCAAGAUUGCUCUUCAUCAGCAUUACAAUUAAAGUAUAUAUUUGAGGUUCUUGUAACCAAUGACCUAGACAACACGUUCGAAGAUCUUGUCAACUUUUUUUCAACAUAUUUAGCCAAAUUAAAGCAAGAAGAUCAAACGGCUAUCCUGGUAUAUUUCAAUCAAAUAUCGGAUGAAUUUCCUUGGAAAAGCCUUGGUUGUCACGAAGAAUUUCUUAAAGCCCUUGGAUCUUUCCUUGAAUCGUUUCCCAAAUUUCAGAGUUCAUUAGAUAAUGAUGCCAAAUUCAUUCUAAUGCUAACAAAAUUUGUGGCAAAUAUUCUUAGUAGUGGGUCAAAGAUAUUCCCACAAUUCACUCAGGACAUUUUGAACUAUCUGGAAUAUUUGAAAAAAAACGGCUUUAAUUCUUCCUAUGAAUACUUGAAUGCAUCUUUCAGCGACUAUAACUUAUCAGCGGUCAAGAAGGGUUAUAACACACUAACUGUCUCUCAAAAUGGUAGACAGGGAUCGUUGGAAUCUGCAAAACUUUUGAAGAUGAGAAAGAUUUUAUGGCUUUCACAACAAUUUAUUGUGAAGUAUUCUCCUGUUAACGAGAAACUUAUUCGGGUAUUCAAACGUGUACUUAACUUGUCUAGUGUCACAACUGCAGCUACGAAUACAUCAAUUGCCUAUGAAUUUACUACGUCAAUGUUUGAUUGCUUACUUUUAUCGACGAAGAGGACCAGAGAUGUUUGGAUCAACGCUAUCACCAACAAAUUACCUCUGGUAAUGAAACUAUUAAAGAUAAGUCAGGCUAAAUUAGCAACUACACUGCAAAACAUUGCAGAUGCUUCUAAUGUUGAUCAGAAUAGGCAGGUGUUCAUCAAAUUUUUAAAGAAUUUGAUCACACUUGAUUUGGUAAAGCCUGAGCAUCUUCAGAGAAUUGUUACGAAUGCACCCAGUACUUUAGCUAUGAAAAAUAUAAAGACAGAGGAGGUGGUGGCUACUUAUAACAAUAUUUUUCACAAAAGUAAUCCCGAGUUCUCUUCUAUUGAAGAGUCUGGGGCAUUGAACUUUAUGAAGACAGUGAGCCAAUCUAUUUUGUACAUGCAAACGGUUUCAAAGUUGAUACUAGACUCAAUACGUACUUUUAUUACAGAAAAAGAUAAUCUUAGACUGAGGAGGAUUCUUAUAUCUUUGGCAUCCGAGAAAUCAGUACUGGAUUACGUUCUUUUGGAGAGAUCACCAUAUGACUUCAUUCAAAAGCUUUUGUCGUAUUUAGACCAACUUGUUGAUACUAAACCUGGAACAGAAACAAAAAGCGACCAGUUCAUGAGAGAAAAUAAUGAGGAUUUCAUGGAUCUUGAUUUGGGUAGCGACGAUGCUUCAAACGCCCAGGAAUUUUUCACCGAUUUAGGAACUGUUUUAAUAUUUGUUCAGUAUGCCGUCUACAGGUACAACAUGAAUCUUUGGAAAUUUGAGAAGAAUGAUAUUACUCUGCAAUUAUUGAAUAAUGCCAGUACUAUCAAUUCAAAUGACUAUUUGGAAAAGCUUCAGGAUCCUUCCUCGGAACUAAAUAAAAUCAUGAACAAAUGGAUCAGUUCAUUGUUUAACAGCGAUAACACAGAUGGAAUAUCGGACGAUCUUAUUAAAAUGUGCAGCUUACGUGAUUAUCAUUUUAUAAUGCCCAGAAUAUUGGAAGAGGCAAUAAUGGCAUACAGCUCCUGUUUGAUCGAUGAAGAUUCUUUGAUUGGUGGAUUGGAGUAUUUUUAUCAACCUUUUUUGAUUAACAACCUUACAACUAUUUUCAGAUACUUGGUGAAUGCCAGCUGGGAGAAAGAAGGACAAAAUUCAAUUAUCACCCUCACCAAGAUUCUUGAGAAAUUGAGUAAACCAGGUGAAAUGAACGAUGAAGCUCGAAUAUUACACUCAAUGGUGAUGGAGAAUGUUAAUGAUGUGGUGUUUACCGCACUUGAAAAUUUGAGUGGUCUACCACAGGUGGAGAACUAUCUUAAACAACUAAAAAAGCCAGAUCCGGAUAGCACCGACUUAAGCGGACUUAUAACAUAUAUUUUAGAAGGUAAACCAGCUAAGUUUGAACUCCCUGAAGUCUACAUGAUUGCUGAUUCUAUUGGAGAGCGAUUAGAUAUGUUUUAUGAUGAACUCACAUUCAUUCUUUCCACAUCUACAAAGGAUGGAGGAAAUUCCCACGUUAACAAUAGAUUGGCGGAGGCGCUUGACUAUGAACUAAUUGCUUCUUUGAUGGUUUACUAUUCCUCCUUUAAAACAUGCACACCAUUGAAAUCAUGGGUGAACCAUUUAAACUACUUUAACGAAAAAAGAAACUUGGAUAUUGCUUACGAUAGGGUGCCUUCAAAUAGUUUAACAAUUACAAAUAGUGCUUCUACGAAGCAUGAGGAAGAAACAGCUUCUGAUAGUAAAGAAAAUAUAACGGGUACUCAUACGGGCUCAUCUUUUGAUGAGAGUUUGAUGGGCUUUGUGAAAGAUCCAGAAGAAGCGGAACAGAAUAACAUUACAGUCAAGUUAGAUCCAGAUGCCAUGAUUGAUGAUUCCAAAGAGGAAAACAGUUUAGAAAAAAUAGAAGAAAAGAGGGAUAAAGGAAAAAACGAGUGCGAUUUGUUUAUCGUCAAUCUACUUAUUUUGAUUAGGUACAAUGAUCCAAAAGUCAUGAACAACUUGAUUACAAGAAUAUUAUCGAACCUAGAGUGCAUACAUUGA